GCGGCUAACUAUCAAUAAGCAUCUUCAGGAGCGGAAAGUGCUAUCCUUUGUUUCUUCUUCUCGCGACGCUUACUGGAGACGAGAAAUGUCCAUCAUCUUCUAAGGGGAGGGUAACAAGGAGCGUUCGAGCCUGCUUGCUCGAGAAUAUCAAAGAAGCUUCUUUUCUUCCUCUCAAGCUCCUCAGCGACCCUCUUGCAUCCCCGCCAAGCUUCCAGAACCUUCGUUUACGAUUUCCGACGUUACUCUGGUGAACUCUUCAUCUUCCUGCUCGGGAGCUCUUUUACAGUUCUUUACUCCUCAGCGUUUCUCCCAGAUAAAAUUUAUUGGUCUCGCUCUCUAAAAGAGCAGGUUUUUAUAGUUUUUACAUCAGCACAAUGGUCUUAGGUGAUUUCUACAAUGGGUCUGGGGAUGGCGCUGCUACUUGGGACGGUUUGGUGCGAAGGAUCUUUCUUUUCUAGGGGAAGACAUUACGCAUUUGUGGAUGGAUCAUCAGUCGGCGCAAGGAGGAAGGAUGGCGAAGAAUGCUUGUGGGGAAGGAUUCAUGGCUAUGGAUUGCGGCGCUGGAAGCCCCAUAUCGGAGGAUCUGCUCAACUUGUCUGGGCUAUUGAAUUUUGAUGGGUUUCAUGAGUCUUCAAGUCCUUUAUUUUCUGACUUGCUUUCCUCCUCCUUUAGUUACUCAUCUUUGCAUCCUAUGUUUGGCAAUUCUGCCACUUUGAUUUCUCCAAGUGGCUUGGAGCAACCUAGGGAUUCAGUUUUAGAGGAUGAAGGGACCUCUGGUGAUGGAGACUCUAGACUCAGAGAAAAGUUGGCAGCUAAAAAUCCUGUUUUGCAAUCAGAGCUUUCACCGAAUUCCGCAGAGGGUGACCUUGAUUCGGUAGAGAAAGACCUGAAAAGGACUUCAACCGUUAUUCUCAAAUCAAUUGGGAAUUUUACUUUCUCCGACAGGAUGCUUAAGGUGCUAUCCUUGCUAAAGCUUUUUUCCUCAGGCGGGGGUACCCUUGCCCAAGUAUGGGUACCUGUUAAGCAAGGUGAUAAUUAUAUUUUGAGUACAUGUGAACAGCCAUUUCUGCUGGAUCAUGUUCUUGCAGGAUAUCGUGAAGUUUCUAGGGUUUUCACUUUCUCUGCAAAAGACACUCCUGGUAUGUUUCCUGGAGUCCCUGGUCGUGUAUUCAUCUCAGGGCUGCCUGAGUGGACCUCAAAUGUCCACUACUACAACAAGUUUGAAUACUUGAGGGUAGAGCAUGCCAUUAGCCAUCAAGUCCGUGGAUCGCUUGCAGUGCCAGUUUUUGAUCUCCAUCAAUCCAAGUGUUGUGCAGUUCUUGAACUUGUCACAAUGAAAGAGAAGUCAAAUUUUGAUAUUGAGAUGGAGAAUGUUUGUCGAGCGUUGCAGGCUGUGGAUUUAGGGACGACCAAAGCAUGUGCUCAUCUCCAGAAUCUUACAAAGGAGCAAAAAUCUGCACUUUCAGAGAUAUUAGAUGUUCUAAGAGCAGUUUGCCAUACACAUAAGCUACCUUUGGCACUCACUUGGAUGCCUAUGGCAUGUGAUAAUGGAACGAGUGAUAAAUCCGUUGCUGGUAGGCAAUAUUUAAAAGAAAGCAUGCUUUGCAUUCAGGAGUCUGCUUGUUAUGUGAAUGAUUCACAAAUGCUUGGUUUUCUGCAAGCCUGUGCUGAGCAUUACCUUGCUAAAGGGCAAGGAAUUGUGGGAAAAGCUCUUUUAUCAACUCAUCCAAUUUUUUCACCGGAUGUUAAAGGGCAUGACAUUGGGGAAUAUCCGCUUGUCCAUCACACACGUAAGUUUGGUUUGCAGGCUGCUGUUGCAAUCAGGUUAAGGAGCAACUACACUGGAGAUGAUGAUUUUGUGUUAGAGUUCUUUCUUCCUGUAAAUUGCAAAGGAAGUGUGGAGCAACAGCACUUGUUAAAAAAAAUUUCAGUCACUAUGCAGGGAAUUUGCAAGAGUUUGAGGGUGGUUUUAGAUACUGAAGUAAACAGGCCUGAUUUCUGUGAAGUUGACACUGCAAAUUUUAAAGUGAGAAGCUCUCUGUCUUCUGAAAUUCUUGGCAGAUUUUCUCAUCCUAUGUCUGAGAGAAACUUACAAAUUUCUGAGAGAAAUAUAGAGGUAGCUGAUGCACUUUCCCAAGAUCAAAAUAUGGAGUAUGACGAGCAGGCAGAGUGUGGGUCGCAAAAGCAAACUGAUAAAAAAAGAAGUACGUCAGAGAAACAUAUAAGCCUGAAUGUUCUGCAGAAAUAUUUUGCAGGGAGCCUCAAGGAUGCUGCAAAGAGCCUAGGAGUUUGCUCCACCACGUUGAAAAGAAUUUGUCGACAGCAUGGGAUUUCAAGAUGGCCAUCGCGCAAGAUAAAGAAGGUCAAUCAUUCAUUAAAGAAGAUCCAGAGUGUCAUAAACUCUGUACAAGGAGUUGAGGGAACGCUACAGUACGAUCCCAAAACUGGAUGGCUUACAGCAGCUGUAGCACGGGAAAAAUUAACACCUGCAACCCAAACAUCAAUAUCAAUGCGUGGCAAUGUGCCAUUUUCUUCUUCGCCUCAGUGUGGAGCUGGGCAAUCAGAUGAGAGGCUGGAAGUUCAGAGAGCGAACGUUCCAAAUGCUUGCUUUACAAAAUCCAAGGUGACUUUUUCUGUACCAAUGAGCUCGGAUUCAGCUGCGGAGGAGGACGAGAUGGAUGUUAAAAUAGAUCUUAAUGUUGGGAGAGAACAUAGCCGUUCUUCUUUUUCGAGCAUGACCGAUUCGUCAAGCGAGAGCACUUCUUGCCGCCCAACUCUCAUAAAAAGCUCAAAAAAUGAAUCUUUAGUUUCCCAUAAAGGUCCAGUCUAUACUGUGAAGGCAACUUACAAAUCUGACACAGUAAGGUUCAAACUUUUGCCAUCAAUGGGUUUGAUGCACUUGUAUGAGGAGGUUGGGAUGAGAUUCAAAUUGUCCAUGGGAACAUUCCAGCUCAAGUAUAUGGAUGAUGAGGAAGAGUGGGUUAUGUUGACGGGUGAAUCGGAUUUGCAGGAAUGUAUCGAAGUCAUGGAAUCUAUUUCUUCUCAAAGUAUGCGACUUCAAGUUCGGGAUGCGCCACGUACAGUCAGCUCAGCCAGCAGCAGCUGCUUGUUAAUGGAGGCUCCAGAAGGUGAGGCCAGGAACUUGGUUUUAUUUUGUACAAUUUGCUGAAGCCUGCUGGGCAAAUCUUUUGUUUGGCAAAUUGAGAUAAAAAAUGGGUUUUUUCUGCAUUAGAAAUGCUUAUACUGUAAAUUUAGGAAAAUGUAUCGAGGUCCCCUGAGCAUGGGGAUGGAAGCUGGUUACUGAGUCCGCGUGCCUUGUGUUUUAAAUAAUUACGUGCUUCUUGUGUUUCUUUUUGUUGUCAAAGGUAUAUAUAUAUACAUUGUACUGUGUAAAAUAUUUUCAUCUUAAAGCUGUUUUGAUCAAGUAGUGAUGAAAAUGAUAGAAAAUGGAUGUA